UAUUCGUUCCCAGUUAUAAGAUUCAGUCAAAAUUCAAACCCCCAUCAACCCUCUCUCUUUUUCCCCUGCUUUCUCAUUUGUCUAUUCUUCUCAAACUUCAAAAAUUCUCCAAUACUUCUUCUUCUUCCGUUUCUUCAUUACACGACAUGGAAAAAGCUCUGAAACUCAAAGAGAAGCAAAGCCAAGGCCAACGCCAAGCCAUGCAAAUAUUCCAGAAACAACAACAGCGAGAACCACAAGACCAGAUCAAGCUAGCUGCCACUGCCAUCACCCUCAACGUACGCUUGAGAUCAUCCGACAUGCCAGCCCACAUGCAGAACCAUGCUCUCCGCUACACCAGAUCACUCAUCGACUCACCACUACAGCCAACACCAAACCCCAAAACUCGUCCCAACCCAACUCACCUUGCUCGAGCUCUCAAAAAGGAGUUUGACUCGGUGUAUGGACCGGCGUGGCACUGCGUGGUGGGGACGAGUUUUGGAUCGUUCGUGACUCACUCAGCCGGUGGGUUCGUGUAUUUCUCUGUCGACGACUCGCUGUCGGUGCUUCUCUUCAAAACGGAGGUCCAGUUGGUCACGGAACCACAACCACCACAAGAAGCAAAGCCUUCAACUUUGAGUCCUUGUUGAAAAUUUUGUGUUGACGCACGAUACGUGUUAGUUGUGAUUACUCUCCUGCUUUGACUAGCAUGUACAAUAUAUUUUCAUUUCUUUUAUUUUUCUUUAAAAAAACAACAUGAUGUAGUGAUCAUUUUUGAGCUUUGCACACAAGAAGAAGGGUGCUUAAUUAUUGGCUCUCCUUAAUUUUUAUCAACUUUAAUUUGCUCA